AAAGAAGGGGGAUGCCGCGAAGGAUGACCCCCCGGUGGUGAUUAUAGAUGACCCUCCGGUGAUGCCGACGGCGCAGGUGCCGGGGGUGGUCCGGGAGCCAUCUCUCGAGGUCCUCACGCUCUCCCUUCCGGCUGGUACGGCCGUGUUGAAUGGCACAGCCGACCCGAGGGCGCUCCUGAGGGGUAUAACCCUCGACAUCGACAGGGCAGCUCUCGGGGCUGAUGAUGAUCAAGCCCUUGAAGACAGGAUCCUCCGGUCUUCCCUCACGACUUGCGUUGCCCUCGGGGAGCAGUUCCGACGGCUGGAGGAAUGGCGCCUCCACAAAGCUAGGCAAGACGCCAAGAUGAAGGAGCUGAUCCUUAGGGACUCCCAGGCCACGAAGCUGAUGGCCCAGCUUGAGGAGGACCUCCAGCUUGCGAGGGCGGAGUCCGAGAGGCUCAGGGGGGAGAAGGCAGAAGCUGAGGCGGCCGCUGCGGAGGCCGCAAGGAGAGCAGCCGAGGAGGCCGAGGCCAUCAAGGCGAAAGCUGUCGCCACAGCCCGGGAGGAGGCCAUCUCCGGGUUCCUGGACGGGGGGUGGAAGACCGAGGGGCACAAGGCAUGGUUGUCUUCGGUUGUUGAGGCCUCGGUUGAUGAAUGGUCCGAGGGCCCGGGGGAGGAGUGGAUGGCCCGGAAGGGUAAGCAGUAUUAUGAUGGGGGCGAGUUCUUCACUCAAGCCCUCAUCUACCGGAGGAUGGCCCGCCAUCUGAAGGUUGAGCCGAAGGACUUUGACCCGGCGGCGUACGGGCUCCCCCCUCUGCAGCCAGAUAUCCGUGUUCCUCUCCCCCCUGAUGUCGAGAGGCCAG